AUGACUGACACUGGAGAGGGCGACGAAGAGUUCCAUUUUCUACGAACGGGAGAUGAGGUGGUUUUGCAGAGUACCUUCACCUCCCAGGAGGAACAUGUGAAACUCUGUCUUGCUGCAGAGGGCUUUGGCAGCCGACUUUGCAGGCUUGAGCCCACCUCUAAUUGCAAGAAUGUUCCACCCGACCUGUCUGUGUGUGGCUUCGUUCUGGCCCAGUGCCUCUCUGUGCGAGCCCUGCAGGAGAUGCUGGCCCACAGUGUGCAUCUGGCUGCAGAGGUGGGUGUUUAAAUUGAUCGGUUUCUGUAUUUUUAUUAAGUGGGAGCUGGAGGAAGCCAUCGCACCCUUCUAUAUGGCCAGGCAGUGUUGUUCCGACACUCAUAUAGUGGCAUGUAUCUCAGUUGCUUGUCUUCAUCUCACACUUCAACGGACAAGCUGGCUUUUGAUGUUGGUCUGCAAGAGGAUAAAGCAGGUGAGGCAUGUUGGUGGACCAUCCACCCUGCGUCCAGACAGAGGUCAGAGGGUGAGAAAGUGCGAGUUGGAGAUGACCUCAUCCUGGUCAAUGUUUCUUCAGAGAGAUAUCUGCACCUGUCCUUUGGCACUGCAGUUGACAACAAAAGCUUGAGUGACAGCCUGAUUGUUAAUGCAGCCUUCCAGCAAACUCUCUGGAGUGUCGCUCCCAUUUGCUCUGGAGGUGGGGUUGCUCAAGGUUACCUCAAGGGGGAUGAUACACUGAGGCUUCUCCACAGCCACAGUGACGCAUGUUUGACUAUUCCAUCCACUGAGCAGGGAGAGGAGCUGCAAAGGAUAAUGCAUUAUGAGAUCGGAUCAGUCUCCAGCCAUGCCCGCUCUCUCUGGAGGCUGGAGAUACUGCGUGUUGUGUAAGUAUACGCAGGAAGUAAUAUUCAAUCAAAAAAGGAGAAGCUUGACGCUGGCACAAAGACUAACGUCGAUGGCAUGGGGAUCCCAGAGAUCAAGUAUGGAGACUCCAUUUGUUACGUUCAGCAUGUAGACUCUGGACUCUGGCUCACCUACCAAGCUGUGGACGCAUCUACACGCAUGGGAGGGGCUCAGAGAAAGGCCAUUCUGCACAGCGAGGGUCAUAUGGACGAUGGGCUGACGCUGUCUCGUUCUCAAAGGGAAGAAUCUCACACUGCCAGACUUAUCCGUAGUGCUACUCUACUCUUCACUUGCUUUAUCAGGAAACUGGACGGUUCAAGCCAACAAGAAAACCUCAAAUCUGUCAGCCUGCCAAUGGAGAUAGUGACAUUUAGUCUGCAAGAUCUAAUCAAAUAUUUCCAGCUUCCAUCGGAGGGGCAGAGCCAUGAAGCUAAGCAGAACAACAUGAGAGCGCUGAAGAGUCGGCAGAACAUGUUUCAAGAAGAGGGUGUAAUAGAUUUGGUUCUGGAUUGUAUUGAUCGUCUACACCAUUACAGCGGUGGCUCUCAUUUUGCUGAGGUUGCACAGAGUGACAAAGGAGAAGAGUGGGAGACCAUCCUCAACCGUUUCUACGAGCUGCUGGCUGCUCUGAUCCGGGGAAACCGUGUAAACUGUGCACAUUUCUCCAGUUCUCUCGACUGGCUGAUCAGCAGGCUGGACCGUCUGGAGGCCUCUUGUGGUGUCUUGGAGGUCCUACACUGUGUCUUAGUGGAAAGCCCUGAAGCACUCAAUGCCAUCAAAGAAGGACACAUUCAAUCUAUCAUUUCCUUUCUAGACAAGCAUGGAUGCAACUACAAGGUGCUGGAGGUGCUGUGCUCACUGUGUGUGUGUCAUGGUGUAGCUGUGCGGUCCAAUCAAAACCUCAUCUGUGACAACCUGCUGCCUGAAAGAGACCUGCUGCUGCAAACACGGCUGGCUAAUCAGGUCACCAGCAUGAGGCCAAACAUCUUUUUGGCUUUGGGGGAGGAUUCAGCCCAGCAUCGGAGGUGGUACUAUGAGCUGGUUGUGGAUCAUGUGGACCCCUUCCUCACAUCUGAACCCACACACCUGCGCGUUGGCUGGGCUCGCACUGAGGGCUACCAGCCCCGGCCCACAGGAGGGGAGGGCUGGGGGGGCAACGGUGUGGGAGACGACCUCUGCUCCUACGGCUUUGAUGGGCUUCACCUCUGGUCAGGCUGCGUGGGUCGCAGGGUGAGCUCGGCCGUCCCUCACCUCCUGAGAGACGAGGACGUGGUCAGCUGCUGUCUGGACCUCAGCGCUCCCUGCAUCUCUUUCCGGGUCAACGGACUGCCUGUGCAGGGCAUGUUGGAGAACUUCAGUGCAGACGGACUUCUCCAUCCUGUGGUCAGCUUCUCUGCCGGAGUCAAGGUCCGUUUCCUGUUUGGGGGGCUGCAUGGAGAGUUUCGCUUCUUGCCCCCACCUGGUUUUGCUCCAUGCUGUGACGCUCUGCUCCCGAGAGUCAAGCUGAAGUUAGAGCCGUGUCAGAAAUACAUCCUGGAUCAAGGAGAGGGGAAACUGGAGCUCAUUGGCCCCUCGGUACCUUCCAGUCCAAUGACCUUUACUCCCACACCAGUAGACAUCAGCAAGGUGGUAAUGCCCCCACAACUUGAGGAUAUCAGAGAAAAACUGGCUGAGAAUAUCCAUGAACUCUGGACAAUGGAAAAGAUUGAUCUUGGAUGGACAUAUGGACCUGUGAAAGAUGAAGGUAAGAGGCAUGAUCCGUGUGUGAUGGAGUUCUGCAAGCUGUCGGAGACGGAGAAGAACCAGAACCUUCAGAUGGCCCAGGACACACUCAGGACUCUCCUGGCUCUUGGCUUUCACAUUGGUUUGACUGCUGACCAUGCUGAGGAGAAAGUCAAAUACAUGAGACUAGCCAACAAGUACGAGCAGCCCAGCGGCUACAGACCGUCUCCAGUAGACCCUCUCCAGGUGUUUCUGAGCCCAGCCCACGAGGAGGUGGUCGACCUGCUGGCAGAGAACGAUCACAACGUGUGGGCCAGAGAGCGUAUCAAGCAGGGAUGGACCCAUUCACCCCAACAGGAUGUGAAAGCCAAGCGGAGCUCGUACCUGUUGCCCUACUGCCUGCUUGAUGAAAGGAGCUGGAGAGUGGGCCGGGAGAGUGUCAGAGAGAGUGUGUGCACCCUGCUGGCCUACGGUUACAGUUUGGAGCCUCUCAACCAGGAAAAGACCACGAUAUCCAAUCCAUGUCCCUUUCCCACUGAGAAAAGCAGAGUGUUCAGACCAGAUAAAUCUUUCUCUGUAACUCGGGGGAAGUGGUACUUUGAAUUUGAAAUAGUGACUGCUGGGAAUAUGAAAGUGGGCUGGGCCCGACCGAGCUGUGCUCCAGAUAAAGAGCUCGGCUCAGAUGACCAGGCGUACGUCUUUGAUGGAUUUGAGGCUCAGUGGUACCAUCAGGGUGUGGAGCCCCUGGGGCGGCCCUGGCAGAGAGGCGAUGUGGUGGGCUGCCUGGUGGACAUGGCCGAACGCACCAUGAUGGUCACACUGAAUGGAGAGGUGCUGUUUAAUGACAGAGGAUCGGAGCUGGCUGCCAAGGACUUUGAUAUCGGAGACGGCCUGUUGCCAGUGGUCAGUGUUGGAGUGAACCAGGUGGGGAGGCUGAACCUGGGUCGCCACACUGACUCUCUGCAGUACUUUGCUGUGUGCGGCCUGCAGGAGGGCUACGAACCGUUUGCUGUCAACAUGGCCAGAGCCCCAGUCCUAUGGAUGAGUUGGAAACAGCCUCAGUUUACCUCCAUAAAGCCUGAGGAUCACAACCUACAGGUCACCAGAGUCAGUGGCUCAAAGGAUUCCUUAUCCAGCCUGAGGGUUUCCCAGCGGAUGUUUGCACACCACGGUGGAAGCAGUGAGAUGGGCUUUUACCGGCUCAGCAUGUCCAUCCAAUGUGCUGCCGUCCUCACAAGCCCAGCGGGGGGGGUGCCUCCAGCCGCCUCCAACUCUCUCUCUCCAGGUUCAGAGCAGGAGGAGAUGGACUCUGACUUUGAAGUGCUGAUGAAGUCAGCCCACAGCUUUGCUGGCUCAAGAGAUGAGCUCAACCAUAAGGAUCAUAGUCACGACAAAACAUCAAGAUUGAAACAGCGGUUCAUGCUGAAGAGGACCAAACCAGACCUCGUCAGCAGCAACUCAUCUGCUCGGCUUCUAGAAGAUGUGGUAGUUGACAAAGAUGAUCAUGUUAUCCAGAGCUCCAGAUAUUACUACUCCGUGAGGGUUCUUCCGGGCCAGGAGGCGUUCAAUGUGUGGGCAGGCUGGGUGACCUCUGACUUUCAUCAACACGACGUGACGUUCGACACCGACAAUGCCCUCACUGUAACCGUCACCCUUGGAGAUGACAGUGGCAAAGUCCAGGAAAGUGUGAAGCGGUGUAACUGUUACAUGGUGUGUGCUGGAGAGGCAACAGGCCUGUCCCAGAGUCGCAGAAGUACGGGGUUGGAAAUCGGAUGUUCAGUCGACACGGCCACCGGGCUGCUCACCUUUACCUCCAGCGGAGUGGAGAUGGCCACCUUCUACCAAGUGGAAGCCAGUACAAAGCUGUUUCCUGCUGUUUUCGUCAAGCCCACCACCAGCAACAUGUUCCAGUUUGAACUGGGGAGCACCAAGAAUGUGAUGCCACUGUCAGCCGGUUUGCUUCGCAGCCAAAGAAGGAAUGCCACCCCUCAGUGUCCUCCGAGGGUUCAGGUGCAGCAUCUCGACCCGGUGUCGUGGACCAGAGUACCGGACCGUGCUUUACAGGUGAUGGUGGAUCGGCCAGAUGAGCGCCAUGGCUGGAGGGUCCAAUGCCAUGAGCCCCUGCAGGUCAUGACCCUUCACAUCCCCGAUGAAAACAGGUCUGUUGACAUUUUGGAGCUGUCAGAACUGGAUGACUUCUUGACCUUUCACCACCACACUCUCCUGCUCUACUGCUCUUUAUGCACCAUUGGAAACACUCGAGUUUGCCACGCCCUCUGCAGUCAUGUUGACCAAUCCCAGCUCCUUCAUGCCAUUCAGGAUCCCAACCUCCCUGGUCAGCUCCGCUCUGCGUUUUACCAGCUUCUCAUGCAGGUUCACCUGAGCAGCCACACCACUGAAUGUCACAUGAUGAACCAUGAGUACAUUGUGCCUAUGACUGACCAGACCAGAGAAAUCACCCUUUAUCCCAGCCCUGCUUAUGGUGUUAAUGCGGGGAAUAGUCCACCUCCAGAAAGCAUUUUCAGCACUGGUCUCAGCACAUCCCUUAAACCACAGAUGCGUUUCUCCACUCCUUGUUUUGUCAGGAGUGGUGGAUUAGAGGCGGAUGGUAAAGGUGAGAUAACCUGCACAGACAGCCCAGAAAUCCCUCUGGACAUACUGAAGGACCUGACUGUGGAGAUGCUGACUGCUGGAGUGUGGGCUGUGGGGCAGAAUGUGAGGCAUCCUGUAGGAGGCAGCUUUGAGCUCCUGCUAGUUCCCCUUAUCAAGCUGUUCUACAACUUACUGGUGUUGGGUGUAUUUGGGGAAGAGGAUCUGGGGAAAGUUCUGAAACUAAUAGAACCUGCAGUCUUCUCCAUAAAUGCCGAAACCCUCAACAAGGAAGAGGAAGAAGACGCUGCUGAUGAUGACGACGAACAAUGCACAGGAGGCAACAUAAAAGAAAAUGUCACUCCUCAUCAAGGACUUCUUCAAAUGAUGCUUCCAGAAGCUGUCAAACUUGAGCUCUGCCACCUGCUCUCCUACCUGUGUGAUUGCCAGGUGCGCCACAGGGUGGAAGCUGUGGUUGCCUUCUCUGACAACUUUGUGGGUCAGCUGCAGGAGAACCAACGAUUUCGUUACAACCAGGUCAUGCAAGCGCUCAACAUGUCAGCUGCCCUCACUGCCCGCAAGACCAAGGAGUUCCGCUCACCUCCACAGGAGCAGAUCAAUAUUCUGCUGAACUUCAGAGAGGAAGAGCAGCAGGAGAACUGUCCGUGUCCGGAGGAAAUCCAGCAGCUCCUGCAAGACUUCCAUCACCUCCUCAACACACACUCUGGCAUUGAGUUGGACAGCGACACAGAGGAUGAAGAGGAUGCUGAGAUGUCUCUUAAAGAUCGGCUUCUCAGUCUAGUGGCGAGAGUCACUGGACUGAGAAAGGCACCAAUAGAAGCGGAGGGGAGCAGACCGCAGAAGUCCCUGAAAACGCUGAUCUCUGAGACGAUGGGGCGUUGGGCUCAGGAGACGGAGAUGGAGGACCCUGAGCUGGUGAGGGCCGUCUUCACGUUGCUGCACCGCCAGUAUCAGGGCCUCGGGGGCCAAAUGGCAGAGCACCUCCGCAGAGCCUACACCAUCAGCCAGGCCUCGGUAGAAGACACCAUGGCUCUGCUGUCCUCUCUGAGCCAGAUCCGCUCCCUCCUCAGCGUCCGCAUGGGGAAGGAAGAGGAGCGGCUGAUGAUCAGAAGAUUAGGAGACAUAAUGAAUAACAAGGUCUUCUAUCAGCACCCUGACCUAAUGAGGGCGCUGGGGAUUCAUGAGACCGUGAUGGAGGUGAUGGUUAAUGUUCUUGGAGAAGGGGAAUCAAAGGAGAUUACCUUUCCCAAGAUGGUGGCCAGCUGCUGUCGAUUCCUGUGUUAUUUUUGCCGCAUCAGCCGUCACAAUCAGGGGGCCCUGUUCGACCAUCUCAGCUACCUGCUGGAAAACAGCAGUGUUGGACUAGCUUCCCCAUCCAUGCGUGGGGCCACUCCUCUGGAUGUGGCAGCAGCCUCGGUUAUGGAUAAUAACGAACUGGCUUUAGCGCUGAGGGAACCUGACCUAGAGAAGGUGGUCCAGUACCUCGCUGGCUGUGGUCUCCGGAGCUGUCCGAUGCUUGUGGCUAAAGGCUACCCUGACAUCGGGUGGAACCCUGUGGAGGGCGAGCGUUACCUGGACUUUCUGCGUUUUGCAGUCUUCUGCAAUGCGGCCCAGCAAGUCGAUAAGGGCAGAGUAGAAGGUCAUGAUGGCGUGCCCCAUGUGAAUGAGGUCAUCAUUAUUGUCCUGGACAACAUCUCUGUGGUGCAAGCUCCGUCCAUGGAAGGGUCCUCCGAGAUCCUGAUGGCUUCCUCCAUUGCUGAUAGGAGGCCGUUUCCCCCGUCCCCUCGCAGAGCGGGGCCAAAACACUCGGGCCGACGAAUCAGCAGCCUCAACACCAGCAGGCGUUCAGCAGCGUUUCCUCUUGACACCCGUAAAGCAAUCAUAGCUGACUUGGGAUCCACUGAUAUGGCCCUGGCCCUGAACAGAUACUUGUGUACAACUGUGCUCCCCCUGCUCACCAAAUGUUCAGCUCUCUUCUGUCCAUUAGAGGACCAUGCUUUGCUGGUGGAUUCUCUCAUCCAGGCAAUCUACGGCCUCUCCAGGGCUCUCAGCCUCACCAAGGCUCAGAGAGACACUAUUGAACAGUGUCUGUUGGCCAUGUGCAGUGAACUCCAACCAUCUAUGAUGCAGCCUCUCCUUCGACGCCUUGUCUUCGAUGUUCCCCAUCUCACAGACGACAGCAACAUGCCACUAAAGCUCUUGACCAGUCACUACGAGCAGAGGUGGAAGUACUACUCGCUGGCUGCAGGGCAGGGUGAGCAGGCUCUGGCCUCUGAAGAGGAGCUCCACCUGUCGAGAAAGUUGUUCUGGGGCGUGUUUCAGGCCUUGGCAAAGAAGCCCUAUGAGCCUCAGUUAUUCGGGCUGUGUGUCCAGUGCCUGGCUGCCGUGUCCAUGGCUCUUCCUCCUGACCACAUGGACUCAAGCUGUCUGUCGGAUACAGAGAGAAAAGCCUCAAUGGACACAGAAGGACACUUUGACCCCCAGCCUGUAGAUACCUCAAGCGUGUCAGUGCCAGAAAGACUGGAGUUUGUUGUGAAUAAGUACGCGGAGCACACUCAUGAGAAGUGGUCCCUGGACAAGUUUGCCAACGGCUGGGUUCACGGGGAGCAGCAAUGUGAGAACACCAAGGUUCACCCUCGCCUCAAGCCAUACAGGGCUCUGGCUGAGAAGGAAAAGGAGGCGUACCGCUGGGCCAUUAAAGAAACCAUAAAGAGUAUGCUGGCCUUUGGAUGGACUAUAGAGAGAACCAAAGAAGGAGAAGCAUUCGGCACGCAUACCGUUACACGCAGAGUAUCUCAGUCUGGACAGCUUUCUUUUGAAGGAGCAUCAACCUUCAGCCCUAAACCAAUGGACAUGAGCAGCAUCACCUUAUCAUGGGACCAGUGUGCUAUGGCUUUACAGUUGGCUGAAAACUACCACAAUGCCUGGGCUAAGAAGAAGAAAUUAGAGCUGGAGAGCAAAGGAGGAGGAAACCAUCCAAUGCUUGUACCCUAUGAUACUCUAACAGCCAAGGAGAAGACCAAAUUCAGAGAAAGAGCGCAGGAUGCUCUCAAGUUCCUUCAGCUGAACGGCUAUAGUGUGUGGAGGGAUCGGAAGACAGCCGAGAUGGACUUUCCAGCCAUAGCCAACUGCUUUGGCUUCACUCUCCUUCAGCAGCUGCUGGCUCACACUGAGGAGGCCCAGGAGCAUGUGUUGGAGCUGGCCAGAGGACAGAUGUCUAAAGGAGAGAGAGCUGCACACCAGCAGCCAAUUCAUUUUUUCCCCAAGGUUAUCCUUCCUCUCUUGGAACAAUAUGUGAAGAGCCAUCGUCCAUACUUCCUGCCCACUUCUCACUGCUCAAGUGGGAAUAAAAGCCAUGCAUCAAAAAAGGAAAAGGAGAUGAUUGCAAGCCUCUUUUGUAAGCUUGCAGCUCUAGUAAGACACAGGAUGUCCCUCUUUGGAAACGAAGCGUCGUCAGUUGCAAGCUGCCUCCAUGUUUUGGCUCAGACUCUGGAUGCCAGAGCAUUGAUGAAGUCAGCCCCAGAGUUUAUCCAAGCAUCCCUGCAUUCAUUCUUUGAGGCAGCCGCAACUGAUCUGGAGAUGACGGUGGAAAACCUCUCUGUGACCUUGGUCUGUUUGCCUCAGAGUCGGAGUCAACAGGCUAGAGGAGUUGCCAAGGUUCUCAGCUUCACAACCUCUGUUCUCCUGCCCACCCUCACCUCCCUCUUUCAGCAUCUUGGCAACCAACACUUUGGAGUGCUCCUCCUGGUGGGGAGUAUCCAGGUGUACUGUUACAGGAUCCUUAACAGCCUCCACUCUCUUGGCACCAGCAGCAGCAUCUACAUGGAGGGGCAGAGGGCAGCAGCAGGGGCUUGUCUGGCAGCUCUGACUGGGACGUUUCCUGUUUGCUUCCUGGAGCCUUCUCUAAACCAAAACAACCGUUACUCCAUCUACAACACCAUGAGUGCCUCUGAGAGAGAAGACUUUGGGCUAGCAGAUCAGGUGGAGGACAUGUGUCCCUACCUGCCCUCUCUGGAUCAGGCUCUGGAGGAGGUGGAGGAUUAUGCUGCAGCUGGUGCUGGGGCUCGCCAGGCACAGUACAUCCAUGUCACUGAGGUCACUCUGCCUAUGCUGUGCAGCUACAUGUCUCGUUGGUGGGACUGGGGCCCCGAGGGCCUGCCAGACAGCCCGAUCUGCACCGCUGUCAUUCCUCAACAUGCUAGUGACCUUCUUGGCCACAUCCUCCGUGUCAUCCACAACCAUGUCGGCUGUAGCCAGGGCGACUGGAUGAAACAGCUGGCAGUUUUUUCCCAGCCGAUUAUAUGCAAAGCCCACAUUGGGCUGUUAAAGAGCCACUUCCUGCCACUGAUGGAGAAGUUGAGAAAGAGGGCCGAAUGUGUGCUGCUUGAGGAGGAGCAGAUGAAAGCAGAAUGGUGUGAUACCUCCGAAGCAGAGUUACAGAUACAGGAGAAGUUCACUGUGCUGGUGCGAGACCUCUACGCCUUUUAUCCACUCCUCAUCCCAUUUGUGGAUUCUAAUCGUGCCAGCUGGCUGAAAGAGCCAAACCCUGACGCUGAGCAGCUGUUCUGCAUGGUGGCAGAGGUCUUUAUAUUCUGGGCCAAAUCUCAUAAUUUCAAAUGGGAGGAACAGAACUUUGUGGUCCAAAAUGAAAUAAACAACUUGGCUUUCCUUGUCAACAACGACAAAAUGUCCAAGGUCAGCCAUUUUGACCAUGAGCAGAAGAGGGUGAAGAGGAAGGGGGAUCGGUAUUCCACACACACCUCUCUGAUUGUGGCGUCCAUGAAGAGACUGCUCCCUGUGGGACUCAGGGUUUGCUUUCCGAGUGACCACAGCCUCAUCAUGUUGGCUAAGAGCGGCUUCUCUCAGAAGAACACUGAAGAUGAGAUUCGAGAACGUGUUUUCAAUGGCCUUCAGCGUCAGGUGUUAAACGGCUUGAGGAAAGAGUCCCUUUAUACAGAUCCUCCAGGCCAGCUAGGAGCAAUUACUGACGGCCAAAGGACUGUCGACAGGAUUCUGGAAAUAGCUCGAGUUCUUUAUUACCUUGACCAGGUGGAGCACCCGCAGAGAAAUAAAAAACCCGCGUGGCACAGAGUGUUAUCCAAACAGAGGAAACGAGCAGUGGUGGCCUGCCUGCGGAUGGCUCCCCUUUACAACUUACCCAGGCACAGAGCCGUCAACCUGUUCCUUCAAGGCUACAAUAAAUCCUGGAUAUCAGCAGAGGACCACAGCUUUGAGGAGAAGCUUGUGGAGGAUUUAGCUAGGGGAGGAGUGAUGGAUCUGUGUGGAGGUGACCGAGAGGAAGGAAAGGAUGUGGGAGAAGGUGCUAGAGCUAUCGAUCCCCUCCUGCAACUCAUUACACUCUUCAGUCGAAGCGCCCUGACGGAAACGAGUAAGCUUGGAAAUGACGGCCUCUAUAAGUCCUACGCUGCUAUUAUGGCCAAGAGCUGCCACAGAGAGGACGAUGAUGAGGAAGAACAGGAAGUGGAAAGCUUUGAAGAGAAGGAGAUGGAGAAGCAGAAGUUGCUGUACCAGCAGGCCCGGCUGCACCGCCGUGGAGCUUCUGAGAUGCUCCUGCAAACCAUCAGUGCCAGCAAAGGGGAGAUGGGCUCCAUGAUUGCUCCUACAUUGAAGCUGGGUAUUGCUGUUCUCAAUGGAGGGAAUGCCGCUGUUCAACAGAAAAUGCUGGAUUAUCUGAGAGACAAGCAAGACGUUGGAUUCUUCCAGAGCAUGGCUGGGCUCAUGCGGUCAUGUAGCGUUCUGGAUCUAAAUGCAUUUGAGAGGCAGAACAAAGCAGAAGGAUUAGGCAUGGCCAUGGACAAGAGCUCAGGAGACAAGGUGAUGCCUGACAAAGAUUUAACCUGUGAUCUGUUCCGAUUUCUGCAGCUGCUCUGUGAAGGACACAACUCAGAUUUCCAGAAUUACUUGAGAACUCAAACCGGCAACAACACCACUGUCAACAUCAUAAUAACAACUGUGGACUAUUUACUGAGAGUUCAGGAGUCUAUCAGUGACUUCUACUGGUACUACUCAGGGAAAGAUGUUAUUGAUGCACACGGACAACAGAAUUUCUCCAAGGCCAUUGAAGUGGCCAAACAGGUCUUCAACACACUCACAGAGUACAUACAGGGCCCGUGUGCUGGGAACCAACAGAGCCUGGCUCACAGCCGCCUGUGGGACGCUGUCGUAGGUUUCCUCCACGUCUUUGCCCACAUGCAGAUGAAGCUCUCUCAGGAUUCGAGGCAAAUUGAGCUCCUGAAAGAACUCAUGGAUUUACAAAAGGACAUGGUUGUGUUCUUGCUUUCUAUGUUAGAAGGUACCGUCGUUAAUGGCACUAUUGGAAAGCAGAUGGUGGAUAUGUUGGUUGAAUCCGCAGGCAAUGUGGAGAUGAUCCUAAAGUUUUUCGACAUGUUCCUCAAACUUAAAGACCUCACCUCCUCCGAUACUUUCAAAGAGUUCGACCCCGAGCGUAAGGGCUGCAUCUCCAGAAAGGACUUCCAGAAAGCCAUGGAGAAUUGCAAGCGUUUCUCCCAGGCCGAGAUUCCCUUCCUCCUCUCAUGCAUGAAGACUGACGAUAGUGAAAUCGUGGAUUAUGAGGCCUUUGUGGAUCGCUUCCACGAGCCAGCCAAAGACAUCGGCUUUAGCCUCGCUGUUCUUCUCACCAAUUUGUCCGAACACAUGCCCAACGACUCGAGGCUUGUGACAUUCAUGGAGCUGGCAGAGUGUGUCUUGUCGUACUUCCAGCCCUACCUAGGUCGUAUUGAGAUCCUCGGCAGUGGGAAGCGCAUUGAACGCGUGUACUUUGAGAUUAGCGAAGCCAGCCGCACACAAUGGGAGAAGCCUCAAGUCAAAGAGUCCAAGAGACAGUUCAUUUUUGAUGUGGUCAAUGAGGGUGGAGAGAAGGAGAAAAUGGAGAUGUUUGUCAAUUUCUGUGAGGACACCAUCUUUGAGAUGCAGCUCGCAGCCCAGAUAUCUGGCUCUGACUCUGGAGAGAGGCACGCAGACAAAGGAGAAGACGAAAAGAGUGACAAUCUGGAGGAUAAAGGAAGGUUUUUCGUGUAUCAAUGGUUGUUUUUGCUGAUAUCUAUACUUUCUGUUAAAAACUUGAAGACAUUGAUGAGGAUGACACUGAAGGAUAUGCUCAUGUCGGCUGUGUUCCUCCUCAGAUUCAUUGUCAUGGCUCAGGCCCGGUGUAUGUGUGUUGUAGUUCAGGGCAUCUUAUAUGUGCUGUACAUAGCUUUUGUCAGUGGUGGGCUCAUAGAGGGAGCCAAAAGGAUGAGGAUAUCCGAUUUGCUCGGUGGUAUCAUCGAGCCAACUCUUGAUGAGGUCAUGGAGCUCCCAAGUGGUGUGGAUCGGCCGAGGAAGUACUCUGCCAGUUUCUCUUCCCAGAGAGAAUUGAGGGAGAUGGGGCAUGUGGCAGCUGUGACCUCUCCGAUGGAGGUGGAUGUACUCUCAGACAUAUUUGGCCUCAAAAUGAAGAAGGACGGGGGUCAAUACAGACUUAUAACACAAGACCUCUCUGCCAGUGGGACAACCUCCAAAACAAUUACCACUGCCGAUACUUCUGAGAAGCAUCAGGGGACGACUGCCACAGAGGAAAAAACUGAAGAUCAGACAACGCCUGGAUUAGUGAACGCAGGAGGGGAGGUAACUGAGAAGAAAACUGUGAAACAGAAAGCAGACUGGAAAGCAAAGCGAUGCUCUGAUAAGUUCGAGGAGCCAGAGAGCCAACACUCUGCCCUCUGGGAGACGAUAAGCACUCAUAACAAGAGCCUGCAGAAUUACUUUGCAAGGAAUUUUUAUAAUAUGCGCUUACUGGCUCUCUUUGUCGCCUUUGCAAUCAACUUCAUCCUCCUGUUCUACAAGGUAGCCUCUUUGCCUGCAUCAAAAAAAGAGGAAGGAGUGGUCACGUCUGAUAGCAGCGAGGGAUUGGACUCUGAUGCUGCUGAUGAUGAUGAUGAUGACAACGAGGGCACAUAUUAUUUUGUGCUGGAGGAGAGCAGUGGGUACAUGGAGCCAUCACUACUUUUCCUGGCAGUCGCUCACACAAUCAUCUCCUUCUGUUGUAUCAUCGGGUACAACUGCCUCAAGGUACCGUUGGUGAUCUUCAAACGUGAGAAGGAGGUGGCGCGGAAGCUGGAGUUUGACGGGCUGUAUGUGACGGAGCAGCCUCCUGAGGAAGACAUCAAAGGGCAAUGGGACCGACUGGUCAUAAACUCACCAUCAUUUCCAAGUAAUUACUGGGAUAAAUUUGUUAAGAGGAAGGUGAUGGAUAAGUAUGGGGACUUCUAUGGCUGUGAGAAGAUAAGUGAACUGCUAGGUCUGGACCAAGCUGCGUUAGACUUCAGUUCUGAGAGUAAAGAAAGCAGGAGGCUCAAGAGAGAAGCUUCCUGGAGUGCUCUACUCAAGUCCGUUGACAUGAAGUACCAGGUCUGGAAACUGGGCGUUGUGUUCACUGAUAAUUCCUUCUUGUACCUGGCCUGGUACAUGGCCAUGUCCGUUCUGGGUCAUUAUAACAACUUCUUCUUUGCUGCCCAUCUUCUGGACAUCGCCAUGGGCUUUAAGACUCUCCGCACCAUUCUAACUUCUGUCACACACAAUGGGAAACAGUUGGCCCUCACUGUGGGCCUGUUGGCUGUUGUGGUGUAUCUCUACACCGUUGUGGCCUUCAACUUCUUCAGGAAGUUUUACGACAAGAGUGACGACAAGAACACCCAAGAUAUGAAGUGCAAUGACAUGCUUACUUGUUACAUGUUCCACAUGUAUGUUGGAGUGCGUGCUGGCGGGGGAAUCGGUGAUGAGAUCGAGGAUCCGGCUGGAGACGACUUUGAGGUGGAGCGCAUCUUCUUUGACAUCACCUUCUUCUUCUUCGUCAUCGUCAUCCUCUUGGCCAUCAUCCAGGAUUGCCGGGCGGGUGUGAUGUCGAAGCUGUCGAGUUUUUGCCACAGGUUGUGCAGACGGAGCAGAAGCCCAAAGCACGGCCCCAGCAGCGUUGGAGAGGCGGACCACCUCUCCCUGGCCUCCCUGGAGUCACUGGACACCAUGUCUGAGGCCGACUCCCCCACAAACUUCACCCGCGGCAGCCGGGUUCGAGCUAGCCUGCCCGUGGUGCGAUCGACCAAUCAGACGAGGGAUCGCUCGCUAGACUGUGGAGAGGGGAAGGUGGCAGCAGACACAUCGGACUGUUUUCUUAAUUUUCACAAACUCAGUCUGCAUCUGCAGGGCGACAAAGAACCCAACUGGCUGAAGAAGCUCUUCACUGACUUCAUCACCUUCACUGUCAAGCUGGUAGUAAAGGGACAGAUUUGUAAGGAGAUCAACAAGGUGGCAAAUAUACUGGCAGACUUCAUACAAGAGAGAGCAGAGCAGUUCCUCAGUGAUGGAGACAUCAGUGUGGACAUUGAUGUAGCUGCUGCCCCUGUCAUCACUGCAAACUACAUAGAGUCCUACCACAAGAAAUAUCCUGUCACUCUCAAAGAGACAGAAGCAGGUUCAGGGGGUCUGACAUUUGGCCUUUCCCCAAAGGAUCUGCUCUUUCCUCCCCUGUUGAGCAAGCCUCCCAUGCCUCUAUUCCCCAGACACGGUAUAGACUCAAUUUGA